UUAUUCAAAUAUUUUUGAAAUCAUCCGCAAUCGUUUGGGUUUCACGAAGAAAUGGCGAAAGAAGCGAGUGCAGUUCCCGCCGUGACGAAGAAGUCGAAGUCUAAAUCUUCAAAGCUCCCUUCACCUCUCCAUCCCCCUUACUUUCAGAUGAUUACCGAAGCCAUAUCUUCGCUGAAAGAUCGAACGGGUUCGAGCCAAUAUGCCAUUGCUAAGUUCAUCGAAGACAAGUACAAAACAGAACUUUCCCCAAAUUUUAAGAAGGUGUUGUCUGUGCAGCUGAAAAAAUUCUUGAAAUCGGAGAGGUUGGUGAAGGUCAAGAACUCAUUUAAGAUCUCUCCGAUCGAAAAGGCAAAGUGCUUUGCAUUUGAGAUCAAACAAAAGCAGAAGAAGAGCAAUGCGGAGGGGAAGAGUGGAACGGAGAAGACCGUAAAGAAGAAUAAGGGGGUGGAAACAGCGAAGAUGAGGGUGUCGAAGAAGCUAUCAUCAACUCCCACGGGUAAAAGCAAAACAUUGAUGCCUAAGGGGAAGAAUUCGGCGAAAUUGGUGAAGACGAAGAGGCUAAGUCAGGUUAAGACUCCCGAUGGUCGGAAGAAGAUGGUUUCAACACCUAAGAAAAAGGCUUCCAUCUCUGUGUCUAGUAAGUCUUCGAAGCCCACUCCUAAGAAAGCUCGGAAGGCCUAAAGAUGUAUAUCCCUUAUUCUGAUUCCUUUCCUGUAAAUGGUUUUAGUAGUGGAAUUGGAGUUGGUAAUUUAUAUAGUGGAAGUUUUAUCCCUUGGAAAUGUUGUUAUUGAUGGCGGAUUUGAAUAGGAAAUUACUCGUUUUGUCUCUGCAAA